CAUCCCGCGCAGGGCGCGCGCGCAGCAGGCCGGGGGCGGGGCCAGGAGCUGGGGGCCGCGAGCGGCGGCGCGGGCCGGAGAAACCCCCGGGGCGGGGGCAGGAGCGUCCGGGGCGCCAUGACGUCAGCGUCCACCAAGGUGGGCGAGAUUUUCUCCGCGGCCGGCGCCGCCUUCACCAAGCUGGGGGAGCUGACCAUGCAGCUGCACCCCGUGGCCGACUCGUCCCCCGCUGGGGCCAAGUGGACGGAGACGGAGAUCGAGAUGCUGCGGGCGGCCGUGCGGCGCUUCGGGGACGACCUGAACCGGAUCAGCGCCGUCAUCAAGGAGCGGACGGUGGCGCAGAUCAAAGCCACGGCCAAGCGUAAGGCCUAUGAGGACAGCGGGGUGCCCCUGCCCGCCGACUCCCCCAAGAAGGGCCCCAAGAAGGGGCACGGGCUGGGGGGGGCGGCGGCGGUGGCCGCCCCGGCCCUGGCCCCCCCCGCCCAGGUUGGGGGCCCCGCCGGGCUGCAAGACACGCCCGCCCCGCCCAUGAAGAAGCAGAAGGCGUCGGACGUCACGCUCAGCGCCUUGAACGACUCAGAUGCCAACAGCGACCUGGUUGACAUCGAGGGGCUGGGGGACGCCCCCCCCGCCAAGAAACUCAACUUCGACCAGGACAGUCUGACCCUGGACACCGGGCUGCUGAUCACGCCCGGCGACCUGCCCCUGCUGUCCCGCUGAGCCCCCCGCGAACGGACCGACCCACGCCUGCGAGGAGCCCCGCCCCUUUGGGGAGGAGUCACACCCCCCCCGCCUACGGGGGGGGAGGGGGCUGCUGGGAGGUGUCAUUGCGCAGACACCCCCCCCCCCCCCAGCUUUCCUGCUGUUUCCCCGGCCCUGGGUUUGUUUUUUAUUUUAAAUAAAAGUGACCCCCCCCCCCU